UGGCGGCUGCGUGGUAGAGGAACCCACGGCUGUUUUUUUUUUCUCCCUCCCUCUCCGUCUCUUUGCUGCGUGGGUGGAUUGGAAAUUACUGUCAAGCUGUGAGAGAGAAAGUGUGAGAGAGAAAAAAAAAGUUUCAGGGGGCGAGAGAGGCUUUUUAUUCGCGCCGUGGAGUAACUUUUAGAUUGCAUUUUGCAAGUUGCUCGGCGCUGACUGACUGAGGAGAGAAUCCAGCGACCAUGUCUCGCACGGAUGAAGUGCAUCGUAUGACCGAGAAUGUCUACAAGACCAUUAUGGACCAAUUCAAUCCUAGCUUGAGAAACUUCAUCGCUAUGGGAAAGUCUUAUGAAAAGACGCUUUCCAGCCACAUGGGUGCAGAGAAAAUUUGGAUCAAGAAAGCCAGAACAGGUAUGACCUUUGCAGCAAAAGGCUAUUUUGAGGCGCUCGUGAAAAUGGGUGAACUUGCCAGCGAUAGCCACGCUUCCAAGGAGAUGGGGGAUGUUUUGUUCCAGAUGGCAGAGGUCCACAGGCAAAUUCAGAUACAGCUUGAAGAAAUGUUGAAAGUGUUCCACAAUGAGCUGCUGAUGCAACUGGAACAGAAGGUUGAGUUAGAUGCCAAAUACUUAAGUGCAACAUUGAAGAAGUAUCAAGCUGAACACAAAGCCAGGUUGGAAUCCCUGGAAAAGUGUCACGCGGAGCUGAAGAAACUGCGAAGAAAGAGCCAUGGGAGCAAGAACCCACAAAAAUAUGGCGAUAAAGAAAUGCAGUUUGUGGAGACAAUAAGCAAAAAGCAGUCUGAUCUGGAGAACUACAUUGGAGGUGGUUACAAAACGGCAUUGAGUGAAGAACGUAGGCGGUACUGCUUUCUGGUAGAAAAGCAGUGUGCAGUUGCCAAGAAUAACAUGGUAUACCACAGCAGGGGCAAAGAUAUGAUAACACAAAAGCUUCCUGGCUGGCAACAGUCCUGUAGUGAUCCAUCUAAAAUUCCUGACCGUGCAAUGUCAUUGGUGCAGCAGAUGUCUUCAGGCACUGGAGGAACCCUCAUCUCUGACCCCGGUGCUACCACCAAAUCAGGGCUGAUUAUAUCAGACCCCAUUCCUGGUGCUAAACCACUUCCAGUACCACCAGAACUUGCACCUUUUGUUGGUGGAGGUGGAUUGGGUCAAGGUUCUCGCAUGAUGGGCCAGGAUAUUUCAUUAGUGCCUAAUGGUGACCUAACAAAUUCACAUUCUGUGGACUAUCAGCACCCUGGCCUGUCUGAAGUCAAACCAAAGCCUCCUACGCCACCCCAACUUCCAAAACAACAAUCUGAUAUCUACUCCAAUACACUACCCACACGCAAAGCAAUGCCGUUGAAAGCCAGCCCUUUGUCAGCUGAGACCAGAACUUUACCCAGAUCCAGCUCAAUGGCCGCUGGAUUAGAAAAGAAUGGAAGAACCAAAGUGCAAGCUAUUUUUUCACAUCAGGCAAAAGGCAACAAUACACUGCUGAGCUUCAGUGAAGGUGAUGUCAUCACAUUGUUGGUUCCUGAGGCUAAGGAUGGCUGGCACUAUGGAGAAAAUGAAAAGACGCGGAUGAGAGGAUGGUUUCCCUUCUCUUACACUCGUGUGAUGCAGGGCGGAUUAUUGCACAACUUGAGCCAUGUGAAAAGCAGCAGCACGGGGAACCUUCUGCAGAAGGAAGAUCUCUCCAUUCCUCCACCUGACUACAACUCAACUUUAAAAAUGACUUCUCAUCCUUUGCCCAGCUCAGGCACUUUUAAACCCAGGCCCUACAGUAUGGCAGUGCCAGGUUUCUCACAGGGCCCAGAUUUUAAUCAUUCAAGACUCUCUUUGAAUUCUGAUGCCGAGAUUGAAAGGUUUUGAAUUUAAACUUCUGACACAUUUAAAGCCUCUCUAGAUUAAGAAGCUGUUGCAAAUAUCAAAUUGAAGCCUACCAAAACCAAUGACAGAUCAGCCUCUAAAGUGAACUGAACACUGGCUCUGCAAGAUUCUUACACUGUACACUUUGGCAUCUUUUGCCAGUAGCAAGAUGUCUAAAUCUGAACCUGCAUGAAAACAGUGUCUUUAGACUAGAAUUGACCCACCUGAAGAUGGUCACUAAAGUUACAGAUAUAUCAGUUGCACAUGUUGUUAUGGAAAUGCCACUUUUAAAUCCCACCCAACUUAUUCCCUGCUUUAUAUUUGAGGGAUCAUGUGGGGGGAAUUGUUUAACUACACUUGCCUGUCUAGGGAUUUGUAUGGUGUUUGUAAUUUAUGCAUGUGUUUAAGAAUUAGCAGUUAGUAUUUUUUUAUUAUAUACUUUGUACUAAUCAGCAUAUAAAACAAUAUUUUAUUACCUGGCUAUUUGCGGGAAUUGGCUAAAUGUUGACACUUUGUAGAAACUAGAAUACUGCAAUAUUGAGAAUGGUUAAACUAGUUAUAAAAUGUAUACUGUGCUCAAUUUCCAAAUAAGUGUUUUGGGGUGGGGGUAAGAAAGUAAAUAUCAUAUUAUAGAAUUGUAUAUAUAAAUGAGCUAACUUUAAUCCAAAGUUAUUUCAAUUUGUUAGAAUUUUAAUGGUUGCUAUUUGAAUCCUUGCUGUCACCUAUAAAUCUUCCAUUCCUUUUGAAAAUAAGUACUCUGGUGAUGGCAAAGGUAUUGUAUAAUCUGCAGAAACAGGAAUUUAUACUUUUUGUAGAAUUUAAUGUUUCAUCUUUUUUCCCCCAACAAACAGCACAAUGUAAAGUUAUCAAAGGUUAUUUCAUAUUGCAAUCUGUAGUAUGUGUAGUACUUUUGGUUUUUUUUGACUAUCAUGGGUGGUAGGUCAGUUGAAUGAGCAAGUAAGCCACUGAAGUCCACAAGAAUGAAACCAUGACUUUGAGCUGGUAAGACUGAGAAAUAGGAAGCAUGAUGCUUCGGGAAACAUUCUUGUUCUUUCUCUUGCACAAACUUCAGGAUGCAUUGGGGCAAAAAGAAUAUAAGAAGUAUCCCUUUACUUAUUUAAUAGCAUUGUUUCAAAGUGGGAAGAGGAAUUGGAACUUUUAUUCUGUAAAACGAUGACAUGGAAGAAACAUUUGCGGCUGCAAGUGUGGCAGGUUAUGAGACGUGAUAGUCAUUUCAACACAGCAAUACUUGAGUGGUGACUCCCUCGCAAAUGGAAUAUUUAAAGCAAGGAUUGUUUAGACACAGUGAUAACCAGUAUUAAAGAGCAAAGAUAAAACACUAUGGUUCACUUCUAUGAAUGAAGAGUGUUCUGUAAUCUUUUUAAAUAAUAUACUAUUAGUCAGAAUUAUGAAAAAAAUCUUGUUACUAUGAUAUCCCAUUUGUUUGUCAAGUUAUACAAAACUUUUUUCAUUGCAAAAAUAAGUUAAAGAAUGAAACUGUUGUCAUCACUAAAGGAACAAUGGUUGGACUAUGAAAGGAGUUAACCAUUGAAAUGAUUUAUUGCAAGAACCAAAUGAAAUUUGUGAUUUUCUGUGGGUAUAUUUUGAGUAAAGGCAGUGGAUUGAUAUUUUAAAAGAAACUUUAUUGCAUCAGUCACUUUGAUUUGUCUUAAACUGCUUCUAGGUGAUAAAGGAAAGGUAGUUGAAACACAGACAUUUGCUGAGAGUGGCUGUGCUUUUUUUGUAAAGCCAUGAAUACUAAAUUCAACCUGUGCUGUUUCAUAUUUAUUUUUAUGUUGAAAAUGGCACUUCAAUACUUAGUAAUCUCUUAUUCUGUGCUAUUGUGGAGAUUCAGUUACCCACUCGCCAAAUCAGUACACUUAAACUCUACGUAUAAAACAGCCACCCUGUUUUUUCAAUUCUGUAUUAAGCCCUCAUGCCUUUACUUUUGACAUUAUUGCAAGAAUAUGGUUUAAUUGGUGCCUUUCAUUUUUACAUAAGCUUUGUAAUGUAGUAAGACAUGUCAAGACUGUUGAUUAUAAUCUGUAUUGUAAUGCAGAUUUCUAUAGCUGCCAUUUUUCAUGAAUCACCAUGUUUUGUGAAUUAAAUUGACCUAAUUAGAGUUUAUUUCUUCUGGUAAUCAAAAAUGAUUUUGAUAGUAACUUAUGAGAAAUAAAAUUGUUUCACUGUUUAAAAAUC